AUGGCCAUGUCCCUUCCCCGGCGGGGGUUCGUGACGCGCUUGCUUCUAGGCGGGGCAGCGAUCUACGUCUUGCAUAGUCUUUUCUUCUCCGGACCUCGCACCGCACCCCACGAAAUCACCGCACACAAUGUCCUCGACCGAGUCACAAACGCCGACCGGACUCUUGACGUGCGGAAACACAAGUUUCUGCAAGCGCGUAUUGGACGCGACGAACGUCCCGAUUUGCUCAGCGAGUGGGUUCAUAACGGGGCCUUGGAUUUCUGGCAGAGGUUCCAGUUGCCGUUUAUUACCGGAUCUCAAACAGCGCAAGCAGACGAUCAGCUGGUCCGUACGGCAAUUGACGAUCUGCUUUCUCUAAAUGGAUGGGUAGCAGCAGCAUGCCCAACCCUCAUUCGUCCAUUUGGACAAAACAAACGCGAAGGCGAAGAUAACUAUGAGGAACUCGCGCGUCAAGGAUAUAGGUACUAUAUUGCCAUCGUUAUUCACAGCGCAGACCACUUCCUCGUCGACCAGCUCGCUGUUAUUGUGCAAAUGGCUCGUCGACUAGGUCCUCAAAGUUUAUUUGUUAGUAUGCUCGACUACGGGAGCACAGAUUCGACUACGACACUUAUGGACCUGGCCGAGGCCGUUCUUAUCUAA